AUGGACUCUACGGACUAUGCUCGGGUGCGAGGCAGGUCGCCUCCGGGGACCGCAAAGGGCGAUGUCGAGACGGUCGAAUUUACUACUACGACCACUGCUACCACGUCGAGUUCGGAUGCGCCGCCUUUCAAGGUGUAUAAGCGUCGGUUCUUCGGCCUGGCGCAGCUGGUUUUGCUCAAUAUCGUCGUCAGUUGGGAUUGGCUCACCUUCUCCGCCGUGUCAAAGACAGCUUCGCAGUAUUUCCGGGUCAGCGAGGGCGCCAUCAACUGGAUGAGCACGGCUUUCUUGUUUGCAUUCUGCGUUGCCAGCCCGAUCGUGAUAUGGACACUCAACAAGGGCGGUCCAAGACUGUCCAUCAUAACAGCGUCGGUUCUGCUGCUGGCUGGAAACUGGGUUCGAUAUGCGGGAACUCGAGCAGGAAGCGGCAACUUUGGAGUCGUCAUGUUCGGCCAGAUCCUGAUCGGAUUCGCGCAGCCGUUCGUCCUGACUGCGCCAACUAGAUACAGCGAUAUCUGGUUCACAGACCACGGCCGCACCAGUGCAACAGCAGUCGCCAGUCUUGCGAAUCCCUUUGGCGGAGCGUUGGGGCAGCUGAUCGGUCCUAUGCUGGCCACCGACCCAGGCCAGAUCCCAAACCUGGUUCUCUACGUCUCAAUCAUUUCUACCGUCGCCUGUAUACCAUCCUUCUUCGUUCCCUCCCGCCCUCCAACGCCUCCCAGCGCAGCUGGCAGAACCGAGAAACCCCCGCUGCUCGCCAGUCUACGCGAACUAGUUGUCCGCACUGAAUUCUGGCUCAUCUUCUUCCCCUUCAGCAUCUACGUCGGCCUCUUCAACAGCAUCUCUUCCCUCCUCAACCAAAUCCUAUACCCGCACGGCUUCUCAGAGACAGUAGCAGGCAUCACCGGCGCUCUCCUCAUUGUCGUCGGUCUCGUAUCCGCCGCUGUCCUCUCGCCCAUCGUCGACAGACUAAAGAACUACCUAGGAGCCAUCAAAAUACUCAUCCCAAUCCUCGCGGCAACGUACAUCGGGUUCGUCUUUGCGCCAAACUCGGACGGCGUAGUUUCUCCCUACGUAGUGGCCUCGCUGCUGGGUGCAGCCAGCUUCUGCAUCCUCCCAGUCACCCUCGAGUAUCUAGUAGAACUCACCUAUCCCAUGUCACCCGAGAUACCAAGCACGCUAUGCUGGACCGGUGGGCAGAUCUUCGGAGCGGCCUUUAUCCUGAUUGAAACCGCACUCAAAGCCGGACCAAACGACAGUCCGCCUUUCCAUAUGACGCGUGCUCUUAUCUUUCAGGCUGUCAUUGCGACCAUCGUGGCUCCGUUGCCAUUGUGUGUCGGUCUGUUUGGUGCAGACGUACGGAAACGCAGACUAGAAGCUGAGUGUCAGCGGGUUAGGACUGCCGAGGAAGCGAUCCUACGUCAAUCGUAG